CUUAGAAGUGAGGAGUGGUCAUAUCUGUAUGGUAUAAGAGAUAUAGGUGCUCCAUUUUCGAACUCCAUGAACAUUUUCAAUUUUUAUUUUGAGAAUUACUUUGUGAUUUUGAAGCGACACAAAAAAACUAUCAAUGAAGAAUUUAAGGAAUUGUAUGAAAUGCAAAAAGAGAGCACUAAAGAUUGAUAAAAGACUCAAGAAGCAAAUUUUACAAACUGAAGAUAAA